GAAGGACAGUACACCAACGUUCUACAAACGACGUUGCAGUAGCACGCACUACAGGCGAGGACGUUGCGGUGGGAGAAGGUCAUGGUGCUAAGGGCACAAGUAGUACCUCCUCAGGUGCUAGAAGUAGAACCGGAGCUGUUGUGUAUGAUGCCACUGAUUGAGAGUCCAAGUUAUAGGGGAAUGUCGUUCCUAAGUGAGAAGGCAAAGCGAGAACGACAUUCCCAUAUCGAGCUUCUCAAUGAGUGGGAGCAUUCACGCUGAGCAUGUUGAGGAUGAGGAGUUUGGUGAGCCCCUACAUCGCAACACGCUACUCGACCGAAAUUCUAUUCUCGACUGGCUUCGUGAGACGCUCAUUGCCAACCGAUACAAAGAUCCUAGACUCUUUAUGUUCUUGAAUUUGAAUUGUCGCAACGGAAUCAGGCAGCCACCGGAGAUUCAUUGUCACGCGGUUCGUCAAUGAGUGAUUGAGUGAGUGAAAGAUUCAAAAUACUAACUUCCCAGCUAUUGCUACAGUUACACCUACUUACCACCUAUACUACUUAGCAUCGUAGGAUACGAUGUUCUGUUCUGUCUUACUUUGCCAAAAUAUAAGCAAGAUGAGAAUAGUAUUAUAAUGAAAGAGUAUAGUAAUGGUAGUGGGCUGCCGUUUCUCGAUCCACAGCAGCAUACGGAUACUACUUUUCUUCAAGUAAUGGUAGUGGGCUGGGGCUUCUUGAUGAGAGUAACAGGAUGGGUGUGUGGAGUUUCUUGAUCCACUCUCAUCUCUCUCAACUGCUCUCUCUCUCUCUCUCUGGCUCUCAUCUUCCUCACCCUCUAACUUGGCAACCAUUCUAGAGGAAGUGCUAGCAGCAUUUGCUGACCUACAGGAUCUCAUGAGGCGGUGUGAAGUUCGCUACGUUAAGGCCUGAUUUUCGCCACUAUCUUCCCAACCCAUGAUGUGAUUGGACUAUGAUGCUGUGGAGCAGUCCCCUUCGAAAUCCUAGGGAAGAUGAAGCAAGUACUCGAAGACUGAACAUAAGCGAGUUAGUGACUAGAAUAGGAGAGCUAGCUUUGCAAGACUACUCUCAUUUCAGUACUAUCCUCUGCGUUAUUCUAGUUAUUUACUUGCUUACUUCAGUUUAUCGAAUAAGUAGUACUAGGACAGCACUAUAAGGGCGGAGGGAAUGGGUAAGGGAGAACCCCACUCAGCAUCUCAUAGCCAGAGAGCCCAGUCAUCUCACCAUAAACUACCUCGUCUAACUACGCGACGCUUGCAGAAGAGCAGAGGCGAGCUGUGGCGCUGAGUACACAACUAGAGUCAAGAAUACAAGACUACACGACAAAAGUAGAG